AUGAGCGUGGAAGGCACAGAAUUUGUAAACUUUUACCCCUGCAGCACCUCCUCUGACCUGGACUCCAAGCCCUUUUGUUACAAGCCACUAUUUGUACAUCACUUUUUCCCCUCUGGAUUUAGGUUUGGGAAUUAUAAACAUUUAAAUAUUCAGCUGUUUUACACAAUCGAGUCCUUGUACACUUAUUUGGCCGUGUCUGGGGAGUUUAAGGAAAGCACACCGGAAAGGGACAUUCCCUGCCACUUACUGGAGCUAGAAAAAGCGUUAUUUGUUAACCUUCCAUUUCCAGAUGGCUUCCUCACUAGAACGCAGUUUAUAAAAAAGUUGGAUUGCCGCAGCGAAUUAAAAUUCGCUAGUACUCCUGUGUAUGAAUCUAGGCUGGAGGAUGGUAGGCAGUUUAAGCUCUAUUCGGUGAAGCCGGGGAAUAAAAAGAUUCCAAUUGACUUUGAUACGGAAAGCCUGGAAAAAUCUACGAGGUUUAUUGUAUCCGGGAGGACUUUCACAUUGGGGGAGCAGGAGGAAUUUCAGUCAAUUGGAAAUAACUCGCCUUUACAUGUCCACCGCAGGAUGGAGUGGCACUGCCAUUGGUUUAUUGAAUCCAUGUCCAAUAUAAAGUACGACGAGUCUUGGGAGAUAUUUUUCCCUGUAAUAUGUCCCUUUAAAUCAACAAGCUCCCCCAAUACAGAGCGCUCGCCGAAUCACUCGGUAGUUUUCGACCCCAAAGCUAUAACUGGGAGGGAUACAUACCACCUGAUUGGCCUGGCGACCUGCUAUCACUUUUUCACUAUAGACCGCACCCGCCUGAGGAUCUCACAAUUUUUUAUUUUCCCACAGUGGCAGAGGAACGGCUUGGGGAUUGAAAUAUUAGAGGCUAUAUACACUAGGGCGAUUGAGGACGAUGGGAUCAGGGAGAUUACUGUGGAAGACCCGUCCCCUUCAUUUGCCACUAUUAGAGACAUCGUGGGUCUGCAGUUGUGUUUGAAAAGGGGGGUGAUAACGCAUGGCCAUUUAAGUCCAGACGGAAAUGGACCGGGGACGGUGACUGUGCAGGAGAUAUCGCGGGUUUGCAAAGAGAACAAGACGCAGGCCGCGAGAUUAUUGGAAAUACUUUUAUUGGCAUCUGUCAAAGCUGGCGAUUGCGACAAUGAUUGUACAUUGGAGGCUUAUAGUGUCGUUAGGCUGAGGGCUAAGAAGCGUAUGAAGGUGGAGAAUGAAGAAUUGUUGGCUUCAGUUCAAAAUUACAAGGAGCUGUUGGCGGAGAUGUGGGAGGAGAGAUUCCAUGAGUACGUGAGGAGUAUCAACAAGGUUAGGAAGUUGUGCGGCGUUGCACUAGAUAAUUGA